AUGUAUUCGAAGCUCUCAGCGCCCAUCCUCCUAGCGUCGGCCUGCUCCGCCGCGCUCUACGAGAGCGUAUCGCAGCUCCCCGGGUUCGCGUAUGACUUCGUCGUCGUCGGAGGUGGAACUGGUGGCGCCGUGAUCGCCAACCGCCUCACCGAAAACCCCUCUAUCUCGGUGCUGGUGCUCGAGGCAGGCGUCUCGAACCAAGGCGCGACGAACAUAGAGGUCCCCCUCCUCGCACCCUUCGCGUCCCCCCAGACCGCGUAUGACUGGAACUACACCGUCGUGCCCCAACCGGGGCUCGAUGGGCGCACCCCGGCGUACCCGCGCGGGUUCGUCCUGGGCGGGAGCAGCUCGACCAAUUACCUGACGUACACCCGUGGGUCGAGAGACGACUAUGACCGCUAUGCUGCAAUCUCGGGGGACGAGGGCUGGUCAUGGGACGCGCUGCAGCCGUACAUAAAACGUAACGAACGCUUCACGCCACCCGCGGACGGGCACAACACCACCGGCCAGUUCCUCCCCUCCGCUCACGGCUAUUCGGGGAUCAACGCCGUCACGCUCCCUGGGUACCCGACAGCAAUUGACCACCUGGUCGUCAAUGCCACGCAGGAGUUCGGGGAUGAGUUCCCGUUCAAUUUGGAUAUGAAUGCGGGGGAUGUUGUGGGGAUCGGCUGGACGCAAGAAACUAUCUUAAACGGCGCGCGUAGCAGCGCCGCGACGUCUUACCUUGGGGACUCGUUCAUCCACCGCCCGAAUCUGCACGUACUGCUGCACGCGCACGCUACGCAAGUAUUCCCGGACGCCAACGCGAAGUCUGGGAAGCAGAUUGCAUUCAACACCGUGGAGUUUGCUGAGAACCGUCAGACGAGGUACAACGUCACCGCCAAGAAGGAAAUUGUCCUCUCGGCCGGGUCAUUCAACACCCCCCAGCUCCUCAUGCUCUCUGGUAUCGGCAACAAAACUGCCCUCGCGUCCCUCGGUAUCCCCACGCUCCUCGACCUCCCCUCCGUUGGGCAGAACAUGUCCGACCACCCGCUCGUUGCGAACCCCUUCGUCGUGUCCGGCACGCAGACCUCCGACAGCAUCUUCGAGAACUCGACCCGUCUCGCGGCGGAUAUCCAGGCGUGGAACUCAAGCUACCCGCACGAGGGUCCGCUUGUGGAUGGCUUGACGACGUUGCUCGGGUGGCUCAGGCUCCCUGAGAACGACCCGAUUUUUGAGACGUACCCCGAUCCGAGCGCGGGCCCGCAUUCGAGCCAUUAUGAGUUGAUUUUCGCGAAUGGAUUUGCGAUGCCGGGCUCGGCCUCGCCCUCGACCGGGAACUACAUGACCAUCUUCUCUAACGUCAUCUCCCCCAUCGCGCGCGGCUCCGUCACGCUGAACUCCACUGACCCCUUCACGCAGCCGCUCAUCGACCCCGCCCUCCUCGCACACCCCUUCGACACCUACGUCGUCGUCUCGGCCAUCAAGGCUGCGCGGCGCUUUGCCACCGCAUCGGCCUUCAAGGGCUAUAUCACGGGCCCGUACGAGGCGUGGGCGAAUGCUACCACGGACGACGAGAUUGCCGAGUACGCCAGGAGCACGGGCAACUCGGUGUGGCACGCGGUGGGUACCGCGUGCAUGUCGCCCAAGGGCGCCGAGUGGGGUGUUGUGGACCCGGACUUGAAGAUCAAGGGCGCGCAGGGCCUCAGGGUCGUUGAUGCCAGUGUCAUUCCUAUUGUGCCGAAUGCGCAUACGCAGGCCCCGGUGUAUAUCUUCGCGGAACGGGCCGCAGAUUUCAUCAAGAAAAGCUGGAAGAUAUAA